AUGAUCCGCUGCACAUGCGCUCCUGUCGUGUCCGUCAACUGGCUACACCACGCAACACAGUGCAUACGGAUCCCCUCCCUCUACGAGCGCUUCACACCUCAACGCACCUCACCGCACAUCUUCAGGGUCCUCUCUGCGGACAAGGAGACCAUCACUACACUCGCCCGAGACUCCACCCUGCCACAUGUGCUGUUGAGCUUCUGGACCUAUCUGGCACUAUCGCUGGCACAAGCUCAGGCCCAGGCGCAGGCACAGGUUUCCUCCCAUUCGUAUCUUGCGUCUUGCCCUGCCCCGGCAUCCCAGUGCAAGGUUCGCGCCACCCGCUCUUCUCUUCUCCACCCCGCCCACCGUCUGGAGCUGCCAUACAUACUACACCGGUCCGCCUCAACCCAAGCCGCUCCGAUCUUCCUCCUCCCACCCUUUUCUUCACCACAGUCGUUCCUUUCGCAAGUAUCAGCCGUCCUCGGUGGUGGGGGCGCGCUGCGAUUCCCGCCCGACAAAUCUACGAUUACGAGCCAUUCACCACCAAGUUGA